CAAACCCCCUUGCUUACAAGCACAGUGGAGACCGACUGCCAAUACCUUCAGGAAAUUGCAGAUAAACUAAGCAUGUGUGACCACCUAAGGGACUUCCUUAGUGGUAUCUUUGUUGCAUUGUCCAUUAUAUAUUGGUUGGCAUGAUGAAAUGUCAUCAUUGUUCCCACCUGCUUUAGCCAUCAGACCACCCAGGCCACUGGGUGAAAGAGGCCUGCAGCCUGUGUCAGUAGGGAUCAGUUUGGAACAGGAAUCGGUGAUGGAAUUUUUUCAGAAGUAUGCAAAUAUGACUAGGGAUGGAGGUAGACUAACCAGCUUUGCCGUCUCCAAAUUCCCUGUGGCCUGGAGGAGGAGAAACUAGCUCUGAAAGGAAAGAACUAGUAACACACCCACAAGUUCAGUCAAAGAUUCCAGAGAGAGCAGGACACGUCGGAGCAGUUAAGAUACCAUACAUAACAUGGAACUUGAAAGAAUGGCAGAUUGGGCAGAUGAGACUGAAGAACCUGCCAAAGAUCCUCCUCCUGAAACUUGUUGGGAAAAAUUCCAUACCACAAUUUCAAACUGGAUGCUGCCACCUGACCACAGAAUUACAUAUAUGGAGAGGGCAAAUUGUUUACCGCCUCCUAUUUUUAUUAUUUCUAUUAGCAUCAUUGAGCUGGGUGUUUUCAUAUACUAUGCAGUAUGGAUGCCACAGAAACAAUGGAUCACUCUGGAUUCUGGUAUCACAAACAGUCCAUUCAUAUAUCGACCAGAUAAGCGAGAGGAAGCCUGGAGAUUUCUAUCUUACAUGUUGGUUCAUGCAGGAGUACAACAUAUUAUUGGGAACCUAUUUCUCCAGCUUUUUCUUGGAAUCCCAUUGGAGAUGGUCCACAAAGGACAUCGUGUUGGAUUAGUUUACAUAGCAGGAGUCAUUGGAGGUUCUCUGGCUAGUUCCAUCUUUGAUCCACGCCUUGCUCUGGUAGGGGCCUCUGGGGGAGUGUAUGCUUUAAUUGGAGGUUACUUCAUGAAUGUCAUAGUGAACUUCAAGGAUAUGGUGCCAUUGUUUGGAAUUUUUAGAAUAUUUUCAAUUGUUUUAAUAGUUGGGACUGAUGUUGGAUUUGCCCUCUACAGAAGAUACAUUUCUAAAGUGGCUGGACCACAGGUCUCAUUCGUGGCACACUUCGCAGGAGGGCUUGCAGGAAUGUCUAUAGGAUACACAGUUUUCAGCUGCUUUGACAAAAACCUAAUAAAGGACCCAAGGUUCUGGAUCUGCAUUGCUGCAUAUGUCGCUUUCCUGACUUUUGCAGUAUUUUUCAAUAUAUUCUUGUCUCCAGCAUCCUAACUCUUAUCCCAUCCCAGCAGAAGACCACCAUAUGUUUUACCCCCAAACAUUUCAGAUUGUAAGAACUUUAAAGCUUUUGAGCCAAAGUGAAAAAGUGCCCCUCCAACCUACCCUGAUCCAAGUGUCGUACCUGAAGACAGCUGCCUUAUUCUUUUAAGACUUCGGCAACAUUCAGCAGGACUUCUUUAUACCUCAAUGCCAUGUUUACCUGUAAAGGAAAUCGUAGGAUCUCAGUGUUUAUUUUAGAUAAUGCAAAGACCUUUGGUUAAGUUCCAUAAAGUGCUUUGAUAUAAAAUACUAGACAUAUGUAUAAUAACUAUAUAUAUUUUGUACUUUUCACUGAUAUCUAAACAUUUAGAAUAUUUAAUGGUCAAUAGUGUUUACAUAUAAACUCAUGUAUUAUCCUGUUGGUGGUGCCAGCAAUCCUGAUCUUAUCGCUGCCAUAAUGCCUUUGAGCCCAGCUGGUAUACUGAUAUCUGCCUUCUGUUUUAUUGUGGCUAUUAUACCACUUUUCAUUGCAAAGAUGAUGUUAUUGGUGCAUCCAUUUUCAGGUUGUGCUUAUUUUUAUAUAAGAGCUUAGUUUUAUACUUUGUGUUAGCUAUCAAUGGAAGCAGGCAUUCU